GUGAGUGAAGUACCUGAGGUACACAAUUGUAGUAAAGAUGUGACUGUUCUUGUUCAAGACCCUGAGCGGUGACUACGGCAUGCCAGUGGACGACGACAGCGCUGGAUUGUUAGCAUUGCCGGAUUAUGCAUCAGUCAUGUCCCAGACAACGAUACCGUAUCGCGCUUAGUUCCACAGGGGCCCGCACGAUCGACGGCGUGCACAUAUGGGAUUAAAAGGAUGACCAAUAUACAUUAGCGCAGCUGGGCAUGCAGCACGACGCGAUGCUGGGUAUACUCGGUGACUAGAUGGAUCUGACCGCUGUGGAAGACAGGAAUAUCGCCAUUGGAUGGUGAGGGCCAUGUGCUUGGCAGGGACCUUGCUUGGAAAGCCAGUACGCUGUCAGUAAAAUGAUUCGUACACGUUUCGUCACGAGCUCAAAGUGCAUUGACGACAAGUGUGAAACUUUGAGCUAAAAUGACGCUAAAUGGAGAGAGAGUUGGUGCUAUUGAUGAGCUGUGCAUAGGGUGACGAGAACAGGUAGCUCGUGCGACUGACUUACCACGUCAAGAGACAAGUGCAUGGAUGGAUUGAUGGAAGGGUGCUCGAAGGCGACGAGACACCGCUCGAGAUGUCAGAUCCAAAAACAUACAUGCUGUCUUGGACCCUUCAAGAUUCGGGCUUCUCAUACACUCAAGGACUGUAUUUGGAGCACGUAGCGCAAAUUGGUGGGUACUGGGCACAAGAGCUGCGGUGGACAGCGAGUGGACAGCAUUCAGUUGGCAACAAAGCUUUUCUAAGCUUCACACGUUUGCUCUUUAGGUUUAGGCCGCAGUACUGCCUGCAAAAGAGACGCCGUAAGGGGACAAGAGGAGCCUUGUACUGCAACCUGUAUGUUUUCUGUUCGAUCCU